AGUGGAAACUGGAAACGUCGCCAAGAGUAGAAAGAAAUCAGCAAAGCAAGUAGCGAGCAGCAUCUGUGCUUUGCUUCUUCCAAUGGCUACCUUCUUCCAGAGGCUCGCCAAGGCGGCGCCGAUCGCCUUCAACAGCUCGUUUCGAGGCCAAUCGAAGUCCAGCUUUCGCAUUCCCUUCGGAGCAGUCGCAGCCGUCUCCGGCGGAAUCUCCUAUCUCGGCUACUAUUCCUCGCAGGAUUUGGUUUAUCUAGAUGAAAUCAAAGAACAGACUGGCCCAAAAGUUGGCCAGGGCUUUGCUAGAAUGGCAUAGUAUAUCACAAUUUUGUGGACAUUGUGGAGAAAAAACAGUCCCCAAGGAAGCUGGGAGGCGGAAGCAAUGUUCGAGUGGGCUGUGCAGAAAGCGGGUCUACCCUCGUGUUGAUCCGGUUGUCAUAAUGUUAGUCAUUGAUAGAGAGAACAACCGUGCUCUAUUAAGUCGACAAUCUCGAUUUGUACCUCGAAUGUGGAGUUGCUUAGCUGGUUUUAUAGAGCCAGGGGAAAGCUUAGAAGAAGCAGUGAGGAGAGAAACAUGGGAAGAGACUGGUAUUGAAGUAGGAGAAGUUGUCUAUCAUAGCUCUCAGCCAUGGCCUGUUGGACCAAAUAGCAUGCCAGGUCAGUUGAUGUUUGGGUUCUUUGCAUACGCAAAAUCACUGGAAAUAAAUGUGGACAAGGAUGAGUUGGAAGAAGUUGAUUUUACAGGAAGUUUCAGUUCAGUUGAUUUAAAGAUUUGCUAAUAUCUACAGAAACGAAGGGAAGUAUGGCAAUGACACAAAGAUUAUGUACAUUUUAUUUAGCCAUGUUGCUACGAUCUCUUAUCCACCGUUGCUUGUAGCCUUUGCCCAUUUUAUUGUCGACCUAGCCAAAGCAUCCAUGGGGUUGAUACAUUUCUUAAGAAGAGGAUCGCCCGGAGGUAGAACAACCUGCAACUCGUCCGAAGCAAUGAUCACGGUGUUCACCGCCCUCACCAGCAGGACCUGGACUGCAAUGCUUAACAGGUUUCGUGCCCCCUCCAUGUCCCGUCUUUUUAUCGCUUCAAUUGCGGGAAUCACCACAUGCUCCAUGGUUUGCUUGUCAGGUACCACAACAUCAAACCCCUGUCCAUUGCCAUUGCACCGAAAUAUGUUUUCGCCGGUGACUUAAAAUUGGCUUCAACUUUGCUUCCUUGAGCUCCAGGGCAACACACUCACCGAUAUGAAGGAAGUGCAGAGAACAGUCCUCAGAUAUCUUGUCGUGCCACGCAUGAGACAGAUGACACGGCAUGACUAUGCAUUGAGCGCCAGAGUGCUGGAGUAACGCCCUCUUGCUACACAAGCUCUCGAUGAUAGGCCAGUUAUUUGAUAGGAUUUGAGCACUACUAGUACUUCUUGUGUGUGAAUGAAACAAACUGCGAAUCGGAAGCUCCUUAUACAAUGUUGGGUCGCUGCACACGAUGAAGGGCGGGCAUUCUCCUCCAUCUUUUAGACUCCACCAGACAAGCUUCUCCAAGAAAAGGAGGCUUGAAUAAACAGACACCCCUCCAAUGAUGCCGACAGUGUUUGGUUGGCUCAGUGCGUGACAUCUUGUUAGAGGUAAGCCCGAAUUCCGAACUUUCUUCGAUUCAGGUAGAUUUCCGCUCUCAUUGGUUUGCAGAACUGAAGAUACAUGCAUUGUAGCUACAGAAGAGCUUGAUUUGGUUCUGUUUUGUGUCCUAUUUUUGGUCAAAAGUCCGGAAAGAAGAGGUGGACGGUUUUGUGUGUGGAAGGACAUUGUCAUGCCUGCAUCAAUCAUCCCCGAUAUAAUCAACUACUUAGAACCCUAAGAUUUUGGCUACUUAGAACCCUAUAUGACCACCACACGAGAAAUGAUAAGAUGAGGAAUGAGGAUAUCCGAGGUAAAGUAGGAGUAGCCGAAAUUGAAGGAAAGAUGAGAGAAAAUCGGUUACGGUGGUUUGGACAUGUGAAACAAAGGCCUACUGACGCUCCGGAUAUAAGAUGUGAUUGCAGGAUAAAGGUUCAAGGCUGAAGGGGUAGAGGAACACCUAUGAAGACUUUGGUAGAGACUCUAAGAAAAGACUUAGAGUAUUUGGAUCUAACAAAAUACGUGACACAGAACCGAGCUCAAUGAUGUUCUAGAAUUCAUAUAACCGAUCUCACUUAGUGGAAAAAGCUUUUUUGUUGUUGUUGUAGAACCCUAUAUGACCACCAGAUACCAUUUUCUUGUACCGAAUCCGCCUUUGAAAACUAGAAAAUCGUAUUACUCUCUCUACUUCACCACUCAAAGUUCAAACUUCAGUAUGAGGUUGUGAUCAUACCAACUUACGCACACAUGAUUCUAUCAGAACUACGAAGUUAAACGAAUCUAGGUGAGAGCAGUACUAGCAUCAGAUGAUGGAUGACCGUCUGCGAAGUCUUCGUGUUAAGAUGAAUCCCUUUUAGAAUCCAGACCCCAGAUCGCAAAAGCUACUCCAAACCCGUCUUUGGCUCAGAAGUUUGGCGAUGCAAGUAGAAUGCAGAAAAAGACACGAUCUUGCAACAUUUUGCAGGGUGUUAUAUAAGCAAACAAAGUAAACACAUUCAAUGUCCAAUCAUAAAAAGGUAAAUCAAAUCUACACAAGUCCUGUCCUAUUCGGUUUUGCCACAGCAGCAUUGUCAGCCGUUGAAAUAUAAAAUUAAUCCAUGAUGAAGAAAUGAUAGUAGCUUUUUGUUUUAUAGGCUUUUGUUAGAAUUUAGGUAAUACUUUCAAAGUGACUCUCGACAUCUUCUAGGCUAUUCAGAAAGAAUCGCAGCAAUUCCUAAUCAGUUUGCCUUGUGAAAGGAUAAUACUUGAGUACAAGUACCGUAAUUGUUUUCUUUUUUUGUUUGUUUUUUUUUCCAAAAAAAUACCGUAGUCGUUGACCAUCCUAUUAGGAUCACUAAAUUUAAAACAUCAAAUAAAACCCUCUUACUAUCUUUCUUACCAAACACACCAUUUCAUCUCUUGUACUAGUAUCCAAACAUCCAUCUUCUCUCUCACUACAAGCACUGGUGCCACAUCUCCACCAACCACAUUCUCUCCUUUCUCUCGAAGCCAUGGCAGCUUCGCCCUCCCAAAUUUCACGAAACCCAUGAAAGAUCUGAUCCAUCUUGCUAAUCUUAUGAAGGAAAUUUCAUCUGUAAGAAAAAAUUAUGAAGCAGGUUGAAAUUAUUCAGUGAAAUUUGGGAGAAUGUUGGUGUUCGGAACUGCCAAAGAUUCCACUACGGAGAAGUCCGACGACGACGACGGGGUGUUGCCACGGCUUCCACGAUAAAGAAUAGGAGGAUUUUGGGGGCAGAGUUGGCAGAGAAAGGUCAGAUGUGGGUGGCGCCGACGGAGAAGAUGAGGUUCCCGAGGACAAGGUUUCUGGCGUUGAUACCAUGGCAGAAGCAAGGAGUAGUGAGGCUUUGAGGGAGAAAUGGGAUGUUUGGAUGUGAGGUUAACAUUGUGUUUGGUUACAAGUUUAUUAAAUUAAAGUUGUGACAUGUGUUUUGUUCUUAUUGGGCCACUAGUCAGUACCUAAGUAGUAACAAGUGGCUGUUGCUUGUGAAAUGUAAUGAGUGGCUGUUUGUGUUUGGUGUGAAUGAUGAAUAUCCCAUGAUUGUGAUUUUUUU